AUGGCCGACAAAAGCACCAUCCUACCUAUACUGGACCACAUCAUCAUCCUGGUAUCAUUCAAUGACCUUCAGGCACUCCCCCAAAAGUUGGAGGAUUCACUCACCGUCAUCGACGGCGGUGCUCAUACCGACGGCCUCACCGUGAACAAGCUCGUCAUUUUUCCGGACGGCGUGUACCUUGAGUUCAUCGCAUUUCGAGACGACGCGGAUCCGGAUGGCAGAAAGGCGCACCAGUGGGGCUCGCUUGAAGAAGGGGCCAUCGUCGACUGGGCCUAUACGCUGCGGGACGAGAACGAGUUUGCCGGCGUGCAAAAGCGCGUGAGAGAGGCGUCGGAUCCCGCGGUCGGAGUGUGGUACAAGGAUCCCGUCCCGGGCGGGCGCACCCGGCCGGAUGGUGUGGAGCUGAAAUGGGCUGUCAGCUUUUCCAGGGACGCCGCGGGCAAACCUCUCUGGCCUGGCACUGCUCCGUUUUGGUGCUUUGAUCGCACGCCGAGGCAUAAUCGGGUGCCCUAUCACGACAAUGAAACGGGUGCUGCGCCGGCUUACACCAAGCACGCGUCGGGUGCUGUGGGCGUGUCGCGGGUUUCAGUCACCGUUCCUGAAAAGGAGUUUCUCAUAAUUAGCCAAGCGUACGAAGGGUACAUGGCGCCGCUAUUGACCGUGACGCGGAACGGAUCGUUUGGCCUUGGGUAG